ACCAUAAGACAGAUGAUUUAUUACAGCUAAUAUUGUAGGCUACUUUUUAAAAAAGCUAUUAACUUAUGGAGAAACUUUUGCUUUAAUAAUCUAGUCUUGAUUAUAUGUCAAUAAAUCAUCAGUAGGCUAUUCAGUACAGGAAAACAACCUCCACUGCCACUGCUUUCUAGUAGUUACGGUAAUCAGCGUCAUGCAACCGGAAAGCCCAUUGUGUUGUCUGUUUUGCUGGCUAACCCACGAACUGUGUUGAGCUUUUUCCAAAAUAAUUCUCAGCGGCAGCAGUGAAAUAUGUGCGCAAGCAUGCCACCGGGCAGCCUGAAUCUGGAGUCACAGCUUUUGUCCAUUAUGGACGUGCUGGUGAAAACGGCGGUUGCGGAAAUCACUCAGUUGUUCUCGGAGAGCUCCGCGUCUCUGCGCCUGCAUUUAACCCAGAGCCUGAAGGAAAACGAAGCCCUGAGGAUGAGGAUGAAGGUGAUGAGGAGUGAGCUCUUCUCCCUGAGACUGCAGACUAGAACGACCCGGCCGGCAAGCCGCUUUUCGCCGAUCAGAGGGACUAUCCCCAAACCACGGGCUAAACCACAAGCACCAGUGCCUCAAAAGGAUGUUGGGGAAGCUGCUUCAAUUUCUCGACAAUUAGAGAAGAAGACAUCCUCCUCUGCCAAUCAAGUGCAGUGUGCAGAUGUGGAGAGUCCAGAUGUCAUCCUGAUCAAAGAUGAAGAUGACAUUGGAGGAUGUGGGCCAGGUGAAGGUCAGGAUGAUUUUAGAAAUCGCAGUUCACAGGCUGGUGUUGCUGCAGGAACUCAGAAUUUAGCGCCUGCUGGUUCCUCCUGCCUGACAGGUGAUAAUGGGGAGCUGAGAAUAGUGAGUGUUCACGGCCGAGGAGAAGGGCCUCUGCAGGAGGAGAGCGACACCCUCUUCACUCCGUCUGAACUGCAGGCUUUUAGCUCCCUGUCUCCUGACCACGGUGUCACCCAUGACAGUCUCGUGAAUUUCACCUCUGCUGCGAAUGACAGAGCGCCGAUGAGAGCGGUGCAGGAUAACAGUGUUGGACUGGUGAGAAACAGCCAGCUGGAAAAAAAUCUUUCCACUCAAAUGUCUACAACAGCAUUGAACUCAAUAAAAACAACAAUGGGAGGACCCAACUGUCAACUGGGGCACCCCAGUCACAUCAGCCAGUUCCCCCAGCAGCAAAAUGUCUUUGCUCACAAUGUCAGCAAAUCCCUAGACUGCAGCUUCUGUGGCGAACGCUUCCCUAGUCGCGAGGACCUGAUUGUUCACCGGGCGAGCCACACCGGGGAGUCGCCUGUUCCUUGUUCCUUGUGCGGCAAGUCAUUUGUUAACAAGACCACACUUAGCAUUCACAUGCGCAUUCACACUGGGGAGAAGCCGUAUGCUUGUCCGCAGUGUGGGAAACGCUUCACACAGAACGGCAGCUUGAAGAUCCACCUGAGGACUCACUCCGGAGAAAAGCCGUACACCUGCAAUCAGUGCACUGCCAGCUUCAACAACCCCAGCAACCUGCGCAGGCACAUGAUCACACACACCUCAAACGAGAUGCUCUGACUAUUACUGACAAGACUUAAAGGGUCAAUGUGGAUUUUUAUAUUUUCAGUGUGUUCCUUUACUGACGCCGUGCUACCGUGCUAUGUGUGUUUGGGGAAACGUGUUUGUCAUGGGUUAAAUGUACUUUAUAUCCUACAUGUCUGUCAGUUCAUGGCCCAAUCCUAGUUCACCUCAAGCCCCUUCCAUUUUCAUCCACUACUCCCUUUAACUCUGUUUUGAGGGUGAAAGAUAUGGUUCUUAUUACCAUUGCUAACUCUGAGUGUAGCGGUACUCCUUAGCCUUUAGUGCCGCUUUACGGUGCAGGUCUUAUGCUGUAAGUAUGAGACGACAUAAACAAGUUCCACAGUCCAGUUCUUGGUUUUUACGAAGGAUUUACUAAAUAAAAAUAAACAUACAAAUAAAACGUUUCCUGGUUGACAAAUUACUUGCUUAUAACUCGGUCAGAAAAACUGUGUGCUCAGAGCCUGACCGUCCGAUCCUUCCAAAAACAAAAAACACAUCCGGUCACAUGGUUAACAAACAACAAUAUGCCAUAACGUAACAUGUCUAGAGCACAUUGUAUAAAACAAACUUAUUAUUCCAAAACAUAAAGCUAUGUUGGCUAUGUUUUCUUAAUAACUACAUAAAUUAAACAUUUUUCAGAUUGGCUCUUACAUUUCCGGCCCCUA